AUGAACUGGGCAGCUCGUGGCGCACUGGCCACUAGACUCGGCAAUAAAAUAUGGUUUACAAAGAAAAGCGGAGAAGAGCCCGAAGAGCCGAAGAAGGAGGAAGUGUGAGUGGAAACGGAAGAGUCCCACGGGUUAUGAUCCUUUCGUUUUAGCAUCGUCCGAUCGAUGGAGGAAGACGCUAAAGAUGAGGAUGGCUGGUGGGCGGAGCUGAAAGAAUUCUGCGGAGCCCACGCCAUCGAGGUGAAUCUUACCUUUUCACCUUUCCCUUACCUUUUCAUAUUUUCAUUCAACAAAAGGUUUUCAGUGCUCGGCGUUCGCACUAUUCCUGUUCUUCUGCAUAUUUUGCGUCUUCAAUGCUUUCGGUAAGUCGCCACACCACUUCCCUUCCGUUUUUACAUUUCGGAGCAGUUUUCUCAUUUUCAGGAUUCAUCGGCUCAAACGAUUUGUCUCUUCGCUCGGAACACUACAAACAAUUCGUCGCCAACCUCUGCCAGUUUCCUGAAAAUCGUGAUUUGAAAGGAUCGGAGGGACAGACCACCCAUCCGAAUGCCACGUUGAUAUCCCUUCUUGCCGUGGUACGGCAUGGAGAUCGGUACGAAGUGCAGAAAGAGAAUACGACGGGGUGUCAGGAGCUGAACGAGCAAGAGAGCCAGGAGUUUGAGCAGUACCUGACGGCAGCGAAAAGAAUUGAUCUGACGAAGAUAUUGUCAAUGACACCAGAGUUGGAGAAACUGCAGAAACUGCCAGACAGAGAAGUUUGUGAAGCCAAGGCACUGACCCCGAGGGGAGCAAUCCAAGAGUUCGCACUGGGAAAGUACCUGUUUGAAAAGUACAAAAACACGAAACUAUUCAGUGAGUUAUCAUGCUCGGCUUUUUCCUUUCAUACCGUACCUUCCAGACACUUCACAAAGCGCCAUAAACAUCUCAAUAAUUGCGACCCAAAUGCAAAGGACAGUGGCUUCUGGAGUAGCUCUUCUGGGCGGAAUUCUCGAUCAGAACGGGACAAAGUUCACGACGCCGAUCACUUUCAAAUCGGGACUCGUGGGAUGCACUGAUGCGGAGUGCGAUUGCGAUGAGAACUUUGGAAUCAUGUACGAUUUGGUUGGAAAGGUCUGUAAAUAUAUUUCCCAAAUGGCAGAAAUUGGGGAUUGUAGGAAAGAGAAGGACUGUUUCGGUUGGAAGCGAGCAGUCAUUUGAGAAGAUUGGCCGAAGCGAUAGUGGAAAACAACACGAUCGGAAUGGAAGAACCGUCGGUGGAUCCGAACCAAAUACUCGAUUACCUGGUGGCCGGCCUCGUCUGCCAACGGGAACCGCUCCCGUGUCCGGACGAAAGACACUGUGUCUCUUACCCUUUCAUCGGAGAAGUGAGCCAUCGUUCAACGGUUUUAUCGAUUGUCUGACCUUUUGCAGUUGAUUGAGUAUUCUGUCAAAUUGAGCAAGAACAUGUUCGAGUUGGACAUGGGAAUCGAGAAACAGUACAGAGUGAUCACUGCUUUUCCGAUCUUGAGAAGUUUGGCGUUGAUGGUGGAGAGGAACGAGAAAGAAGUGCAGCUGUUCUCAUCUCACGAUCACGUCAUCGUCUCGGUCCUUCGCGUUCUGACUCUCUCGGGCAAUUACAGCGAAUUCCAAGUCUACACCGCCCGUCUCGUCUUCGAGAUUUACGAGACCACCGACGGAUCCCGGCUGUUCCGUGUGCUUUACAAUGGAGAAGACGCCACGUCUUCUGUGAAGUUCUGUGAGCAACUGGAGUACGGAUUGUGCUCGGUUGCUCAGCUGCAGAAGUUCAUUGCCAAGGACAUCUUCGGGAUCGCUGGAUUCAAGAGCUUCAAUGAUACCUGUUACUCCAACUUCUAA